AUGACGAAAGAUAUAAUUGAAAAAAAUGAAUGUGAAAAGAUUGAAAAAAAUUAUGCAGGCAUUACUACUGUAACAUAUAAAAAUGGAGAUAAAUUUGUUGGAACGUUUUAUAAUGGAGAAAAAUCAAAUGGAAAAUAUUUUUAUUCACAAAAUAGAAUAUAUGAGGGUUCAUAUUUUAAUGGAAAAAAAGAAGGUUUAGGAAGAAUUGUAAAAAGUUCAAACUAUUUUUAUUAUGGAAAUUUUGAAAAAGGAAAAAAAAACGGAUUGGGUUUUCAAAAAUAUCCAAAUAGUGACUUUUAUUAUGGAGAAUGGAAAAACAAUAAAAAACAUGGAAAAGGAAUAUACUAUUUUUCAAAUUCCAAAGAAUAUUAUUCUGGUGAAUGGCGCAAAGGGAAUUUUAUCAGUGGUGCUUGGCAUAUUUCUGGAAAUAUAAAAUAUGUCGGAACUUUUUUCAAGAAUAAACCAAAGUAUAAUGGAAGUUUUUUUUUUUCAAAUAAAUCGAAAAUAUGUGUUUUUUAUGAGCAAUUAUUUAAUCUUUCUAGUGAAAAUUUUGAUAAUGAAAAUAAUGUGGAUUUAUUUUGGAAGUAUUUAUAA